AUGGACCUGACUGGACUCAUCAGGAAACUUGGCCACCCGCUGGCGGAGAUCCGGGAGCGCGCGCUGAGGAAUAUUCUCUGCAAGGUCGAGCACAACCUACUCUGCCCCGCGGACCUCGUCCAGGAGAGGCUGCUUUUCCUCCGCUUGCUGGAAUGGUUCAACUUCCCGUCUGCUCCAAUGAAAGAAGAGGUUCUAACCCUGUUGAGCAGUCUAGUGAAGUAUCCCCCGGCGGUCCAGCACUUGGUUGACCUCGGCGCAGUGGAGUUCUUCUCCAAGCUUCGUUCUAACGUGGAGCCAGACCUGCAGGCUUCAGUCGAUGGCCUACUGGACGGGCUCUUCACGCUGCCCUCCGAAGCUCCCACGCCGCGGCGCACGUCCUCCCAAACCAGCCCACUCGACUUUUCACAGAAGCCUGCGGUCCUGACGGGCUAUUUUCCUCAAGGCAGAAGUAGUUUCCAGCAGACAGAAGGGCCUCAGCGACUGGUGGGACCUCAGGCUGUGAAAUGUUUGAAGUUUUGUGCGUUUCCUUGGCUGCCCCUGACCACGACCGACAGACACGUCCUUUCCUCGAAUGAAAGCUCUCUGAGAAGCAGUAAGCACACUCUGAUCUGGAAUACCUGUGAACUCUUGAAGGACGUUAUUAUGGAAGAUUUUCCUGCUGAAAUUUUCCUACAAAGGCCCCAAAUCGUCCAGGGCCUUUUGUCUCUGCUGAAGCUGGCUUUUGCAGGAGACGGGAAGCAUCGCCUGGCUCUGCAGUCCGCGUCGUGCCUGCAGCAGCUGUGCACCAACUUAAGGAACCGACUCAACUUUCACCGAGACCCAGGCUUUUUCUCUAGUAAACAAGACACGGUCUCCCAGAAUUCCUCCUUGUCUUACUGUCCUGAACCCAGAGGGGCUCACCAUUCGCAGAACCCUUCCCCAGGAAGCAGCAGCCCUCGGCCCUCUGUGCUCGGGCGCACAGGCCAGCGUCCCCGAGGGGACGGCCAGGACUGGGAUGCAGCAUCUUCCAGUGGAAGCAGUAGUCACGCUCAUGUCACCUCCAGGAUGUCUGCCCCCUCGCCCCUGGACAGGGGACCCGUGGACCUGCCUGAGUUGGGAGCUGAAGAUGUCCUGGGGCUGCAGCUCCAGCAGCUCAGCCUCCCCCAGUUCUGUGUCUCUGUGCUGGAGUCAGCAGUUCCUCUGUUGCGGACAGGGAGUAGACAGAUGGUGAUAAGAGCUCUGGAAUUGCUUGUGGAGGAUGUGACCCUGAUGGGUGAUGCCCUUUCAACAGAUAUCUGGGACGACAACAGUCUUUUUGCUAUAGAUAUGAGGGAGAAGCUGCUCACGGUGUUGGAGUCCCUUGGUGAAACCAUGUCCCACCAUAAGAGCAGUGUGGGUCUGGAGCAGCCGGAGGCGAUGCUGGUUCACCACAGAAUGGCCUUUGUCAGCACCUCUCUCUUCACCGUGCGGCUCUUACAAACGCUGCUUCCUGUGGAGAAGGCAAGCCAGUUUCUACCGGAAGCCACGUCAGCAGCAUUAUUCCUUCUUUCUCUGGACAUGCCCUUUUCUUUGGAAUACCCAAACAUCAGUGAGGCUGUGGUGGCCUACUUGGAGCAGCUGAAUUCUGAAAACUACAGUAUUUACAAGAGGACGGCCGAGGUCGUUUAUUCACUUGAGUGUACCUGUAACUUCAUAGUGGAUGUGGGGAAGAAGGGGGAGAAGAAUCUCGUAGAAUUACUGGAGCUGGCAGACCAGGCCUUGCGUAGCUUUUCUGUCCAUCAGCAUUUCCCUCUAAUAAAGGAAAUCAUCUGCCUUUGUUCAAAGAUCUGGAAAUCCGCUCAGGCCAGUCCGUUGCUCCAAGGAGAGAGUCAGAAGGUGUUCCUGCGCUUGCUGGCUCACCCGUUGCUGGCGGUGAAGGUUGAAGCUUACCGCUGCUCUCUGGAAAUCACUAAGGAAUGCUUAGGGGUCCAUAAUGUCACUAAACCCGUGUCUUCAGUUUGUAAUGGGAUUCAUUUUCUACUUCAUCCAAAAGUUCUAUAUGAAAUCUCCACAUUUGGCAUUCAAGAACCCAAAAAUGAGGUGAAUGCUGCCGCCAAGGCCAUCCUGAUGUACCUGCUGCAGGGACGCUUGAUGAUGACAGCGCUGACCUGGACCAAGUUCAUCGAGGCUCUGUGCCCCGUCCUCCCUGUGCUGCAGGGCUAUGCAGACCCAGAGGACACUCUGGGUAACUGUAUUCUCCUCCUGAGCACAGUGGGUGCUGAGGCAGAGGGGGCCCUCCCACACACCACCUGGCUCAGGUCCGUGCUGCGGCUGUUACUGGUGAAGAAGCUGGCGGUCCGCUCUGUAGCAUUAAAGCUUUUUGCAUUUCUUCUUACGAAUGAAGAUGGGGCCGAUAGGAAGCGCCCCUGCGUAGAUGCCGGCGUGCUCUCCAGACUUGCCAAUUUAUUUAUCGUGAAAAACCCCAUCGAGCUCAAAUUGGAUGACAGAAGAGAAGCAGUUAUUAAGGUGGAGACUGUUGAGAAAGUAUAUGAAAUCUUUACCUCAGAUGACAUUGAUUUUGUUUUGAGAAAGUCAGCUGCAGAGCAGUUAGCUGUCAUUAUGCAAGAUAUGAAAAUGCAUGCUGUGGUGAAAAAAUCAUGCUUAAUUGACAAGAUAAUUGAGUAUUUAAAUAGAUGUGUGUGUCAAGAUGGGGAGGAUGUAGAAUGCAUCAUACAACCGAGCCUCACACUCUUUCGAAAAAUGUUAAGUGCCGACCCGGUCCUGCGAGUGUCCCUCAUACAGAGGCCUUCUCUUCUGAGCCUGCUACUCAGAGUUUCCUUGAUAUUCCAUGAAGAUUGUGCCAUUGUAACUGAAGUAGGAGCAGUAUUUUGUCUUCUGUUAUUUGAUGAAGUAUCAAGAAUGGACACAUGGCCUGUCAAUUCUUCCAGUCAGCCUUCUUCACCAUCCGUGUUCAGUUUGCCUCUUUCAGUUAUUAGAAGGUAUCACCUUCCAGUACAUGUCCAUGGUCAUCAUGCUGUGAGUCCAUAUUCCAUCGUUUUGCCUGUGUCUGCUGACUCUCUGUCCUUGAAGCCGGUGGCAGAUAUGUUGAGAGUGGCUUGGAACCUCUCCUGGUAUCAUGGGAUUGACAACCUAUUGAAGCAGAUGAACUCAGAAGCUAACAUCCAAGAAGUUUCGGGCCCAUUGCAGUUAUCUGCAGAGGACGCUCUUACUCUGAAGGUAACACACACAGCCCGUGGGCUGCAGGACUGCCUCCAUUCCAUCGUCCAGGCUACAGCCCACAGGGAGGUCAGGGCUGCUGUCACUAGGAUGGGCUUCUAUCUGCUGAAUGACAGACUGUCUUUGAAGAGUGGCAGUGGCCUGUGUGGGGUGACCUUGAACUCCUUGGCUUGGCACACCGCACUAAACAGGUUUUUACAAGUGCUUCCUGUGUGCAUUGAAGAUGAGAAACUGCUAAUAGACGUCAUACAUUUUUUAAAUAAGUUAAUAAAGGAGCAGAAUACAAACUCAUCAGUAGAACUCCUAAACUGGAUUCUAGAAUUAUUUCUCAGACAUGGUCCAAACCCCCUGUUGGACCUGCUGGUUCCGACAGACUCACAGGCACGAGAAGAGGCGGAUGAUGUUCGGACCGCGGUCAGGCAGCAGCUUCAGAGGGAGCUGAUCGCCCUCUUCGGUACCUUACUACUCGGACUCAGGGCUGUGACGGACAGGAAAUGCGUAGAACUUCUCCGCGUUUUCCACACGCAGCUGGCUCUGAGGCUGCUGCAGUGUCUGCGAGUGACAGACGCCCCCCAUUUCUACGGCCUGCCUUCCCUGGAGCGGACCCUGCGGGGCAUGGCGCACCUCACUGCGGCUCCGGGCUGGAGUGCCCACUCUCCACUGACCAAGCCGUUGGACAUUUGUGCCAAGUACUUGUCAGGUCUCCUUGAGGUGAUAACUUCGUUCUACGUGGAGCGUGGCGGGAAUGCGACGUCCUUCAUGGGGAAAGGGGUCACCAAGAGCACGGUGCUGUGCCUGCUGCACUUGUCCCAUGAGAUGAUGGCCCAGGCCCGGCGCUCGGACUGGAUGCCGCUGUGGUUUUUGCCUUUGGGAGGCCACCAUGAAGACCAUGUUUCUACUCCCCAGGGACUGGCGUGGCUCAUCCCAUUGUGGGUUGAUCGGGACCCAGAGGUGCGAUUCACUUCUCUGGGCGUAGGAGCUGCAUUAACUACCCUCGAGGCUGGCUGCGUUGCUUUGGCAAAUAGUUGUCAGAACAUCUCUGGUGGGCUCUGGGGAACUGUGCUGAACAUCCUUCUGGACCAGUCGGAAUGUAGCAUGGUACGCCGGGAGGCUGCAUUUAUUCUUCAGAAUCUCCUUGUAAUUCCAAUGCCUACAGAAAUUAUAAAGGAUUAUACUUGGCAGGGCCCUUGUGUCCAUGACGAGGACUCUGGCCUGUCACUUGUAGGAAAACCUGCCCUGCAGGCCCUGUUAUACCAUUGCCAUUUUUAUGACCAUGUGAACCAGAUGGUACAGCAUUGUUUCCAAGGACGGUACAUGUUUGAUGUGAGCGGUGCUGCCAUUGAUGGCACCUCAGAAGGCAGUGAUUUCAAUGGUUUAGAUGACUCAUUCAAGUGUUGGAGGACUCCAUCUAUGCUGUCCGCUCAAGACCAAGAUCCAAGUUCUCUAUCUACCUCAGAGACAAUGGUGCCACCCUCUGUCGGGGCCGAAUUCCAGCCAUCUGUGCCAUCAGGAGUACUUCUGCCCGAAGCCCCCCGUGACCAGGUUGCGUCUCCAGGUCAGCGUGAGACCACGUCGGCACGGCCUCCUCGCGACUCGUCCUUUCCUGCCCUUCUGCCGAAGCACUGUGUCUGGGCCACGCCCUCCCUCCUCUCGGCCACGUGCAGCCUCUUAGAUAACCUCCUGGCCAUUGCUCCAGGAGACACUGCAGGUGCCCUUCGACAGGCCCACCUUCUCGAGCGUCUCUGUGGUAUUGCAGAUUCUGCCCUCAUAGAGAAGUGUGUCCAGGACCUCCGGACGCCCCUGCCGCCCUCAUCUCCAGGGGAGCACGCACAGGCCCAGGUCUCCUUCCUCCUGGAAUACCUCUCCUCUCUGGCCAGGCUUCUGCAGUCCUGCUUGCUGGUGGACCGGGACCUCGUGGUUCAGGAUGGGCUCCUGAAACCUCUGCUCGCGAACGUCGUCAGGGUUCUCACCAUAUGCACCAGAGGCGUGUUAGACACAGAGUUGGUGUUGGCGUUUCAUGGAACAUGGACACAUUUAUUUAACCUGCUGGCUGCGCUCCUGAGGAAAGCUGGGGAUGUGGCUCUCCCCUUGGUUACUGCAGCUCUCGCCAAGAACUGGGCAGCGGUGACCGGUAUGUUCUGCAGAUGUGUAGGUUUGUCUGCCACGUGCCCGACCCUGUAUACGGCCAGCCUGCAAUUCCUGUGUAUUCUCUUGACUGAAGACACAAAGAAACGUCUCCAGGAUAAGGAAAACACAAACACAUGCCACAGUCCAACAGUGGCUUUACUUCUUGAUAAAAUAGAGGAAAAUCAGAAAUUGCCAGAGCGACUUAGUGAAGUGAUUCUUCAGAGCUAUGAGGGAAAGUCGUCCAAAGAUCCCCUGAGAAGAACCGCUGCCCAUGCCUUGAUGUCACUCCUGGCUGUCAGCAGAAGGGCUCAGAGACACGCUCUGAAAGCUGAUCUCAUAGACACCUGCAUGGAGCAGAUGAGGCACAUCAACGCACAACUGAACCUGGAGUCCCUGAGGCCUGGGAAAGCAGCCCUGAGGAAAAAGGAGGAUGGUUUUAUUAAGGACUUAAGCACUGCCAUGCAGCUCCUGAGAAACUGUCUUUAUCAAAAUGAAGAAUGUAAGGCAAAAACAACUUUGAAAAGUCCUUCAGUAAAAAGAAGAAUAGAUGAAGCAUAUUCCUUGGCAAAGAGAACUCUCACAGACCCAGAAGAAAGCCCUCUCACUGCCUAUUACCUGCGAUGUCUUGAAAAUCUUGUGCAGCUGCUCAGCUCCUCCUGA